AUGACUCAUCGAAAAAAUUAAAUCUCUGAAAUACCACUUAAUUAAUUAGACAGCUUGAUAGACGAGGUUUUUGAGGAUUAGGAAUUUAGUGGUAAAAGCACUCCUCAAGAAAGAUAGCAGGUUGCUGAUGAAUUCUAAAGUUUCACGUAAAAUAAUGUGAAGAUUGGAGAGUAUUCUAUUGAUUAUGAUGAUAAAUCAAAUGCUCAAACUAGAGACAAAAUGGAAUCUCGAGAUGAUGCAAUUACUAAAAUAUCUGACAUUGUUGAAUUCAGAAAAUUACAUAAAUAGUUCAGAGGAUCAACUAGUCUUACUGAUAGCAUACUAAUAUCUCAAAGACUUAAUCAUGAGUUCUCUUCAAAAGAUCCAGAAACAAAGGAGAUCUUGAAGCAAUUUCUUGAUGUGAAUUCAAAAUAGAAAUCAUAUAAGGACCAUGUCUAAUAACUGAAAUAAUUCAAAAGUUCUCAUAAACUUAAAUUUCUCGGUCUCAACACUUGGUUCGUCUACUCAGAUGUUUUAUACAAUAUAGAGAUGAAAAAAGAUGGGAACUUUAAAGGUACUUAUGAAAAAGAGAAAGAGAUCAGAGUUUUUUCUGAAAUCUAUAGCAAAUAUAGGCCUGUCUUGUUCAGAGAUGAAACUGGAAAUGAAAAUAUCUAGGAUUUUAAGAUCUAUUAAGAAAAGGAUGAUGUAAAAGAAUGGGAAAAUUACUUGUUUUAGAUAGUACUUUAUACUAUUCCAACAUUUCAAAUAGUUGGAACACUCAAUCUUCCAUUAGAGUCUGGCCAUUCAAAAAUGAUUUUCAAAGUCAUUAAACAUAACAAGUUUCUCAUUCACGAUAACAAAUAAUUCUUAAUGCUUAAUCUAGAAUCCAGAGUAGAAUUCAAAACGAUUCAGCUAAUGAUAUUUGAUGGUGAGUAAGAAGCUGAAAAAUAAACUAAUGAUAAGGUUUAGAAAAACUUUCUAGUAUCAUAUAUAGGUAAAAAUGAAUUAAUAAUGUUUGGAUACAAUUACAAGUACUAAAUAAAUCUUCAGAAAGAACAUAUUUAAAUGCAGCAAACAAAUAUAUAAACAAAUGAUCUAAGUUUAAUUCACUGCGGUCAAUUCCUAAUGAUAGUAAAUAGCUCCUUUAAGAUAGAGAAAGUUUUUGACAUUGAGAAGAAAGAUUUUUUAGAUUACUUUGAUGAUAAAGAAGACAUAUCUUAGUUUGUAUGUAAUAGUCCAAAUACAAUAUGCAACAAGGGUUUAAUUAUUAACAGAAAAAAUAUAUUCAAAGUUGAGAGAUCCUUAAAAAAACUCGACAUUAUACCUCAAUUACAUGAAAAUUUCUAUAACAUUUUAUAAGUAUCAUUGGUACAGUAUGAUUCUUAUAACAAUCAGAUUUACUUCUAUGUUACCAAUGAAAAAUAAAAUGUUUAAGGCAAAGAUUUAUACAGGGUGCAUCUUUGUGAAAGAGAACAUUAAGUGACUCAUCCCAUAACUGAAGGAAUGUAUGCUAAGAAUACUAAGGAUAUUUACUACAAUUACAUCUAAGAUGACUAUUUGAUUUGCUGCUUUAUCAAUGAUGAUGAUAGUAUGAGUGAAUACUUGCAAGUAAUUAAGUUUGAUUAGCAGUAUGAACUUAAGCUAAUCAGAUAGGAGCCUUUUUAGAUGAAGCAAAUUGAAAAACUUUAAAAUAAUCUAAAAAAUAUUGAUAAUAAAAGGAUGACUGUAAAUCAAUCAAGAAAACAUUUACUUGUGAACUAUACAAUCACACCAAAGCAAAACUAAAGCUACUUAAACUUCAAGGAUACUUUUGUGGAUAAAUAUUAUGUCACUAAUUGUGAUUAUUUGUAGUCUGAAAUAGUAGAUAUCCCCUAAGAGUAAUUAAACCUGUAGUAUAUCUAGUAUUAUGAUAAGAGCAUUUUUACAUCUUACAUUAAGCAAUGUGAAAAUUAUCUAUGGGAUUUCAAUGUAAAAAUUGUAUAUGAAUCUAAAUUAGCUAUGUCAAAAGCUGAAGCACUAACAAGUUAAAUCUAAAUUGUGGCUUUUGAUAAGAAAAAAAAGAAAUCUUUCUAGUUCAUGAUUUAUGAAGAUAAACAAGAAAUCAAGAGGGUUCAUUUAUCAGAAUGCUUGAGUUUGAUGAUCAUACUACAUGCUGAUAAUCAAGCUAAGAUUUUUGAGCUUUCAGAUAUGUUCGAAGAGAGUAAGCAUAAAACUAUUGAUAACUUUGUAACUUUGGUUAGAUUUUCAAAGACUUAAUUGGUUUACAUUCAAAAAUAAAAAACAGUUGAUGGCCCAACUUAAAAGGGAAAAAAUAAAGAUGAUCGCUAUUUUUUAAAUUUUGCAAAAGUUGUGGAAAAAUAACUAGUGAGUAUAAAAUAAGUAAACUUAGAUCAGUACAUAAAAGACAUUUAGCUUUUUGAAAAGUUAGAUUUAAUUUAGUAUAAGCAUUACGAAAGCCAAUCUUUGGUAGUCCCUGAAUAAAAGAAAAAAGGAAUGACAUAGGAAGAGAUUGAUUAGUUUGUUCCCACAGAUAGAUACUUGAUGAUAGAUUUAUAUGAAUAAUACUUGAUCUAUGACCUUAAAUUGGAAAUUUUCAUGGGGAAAAUUCAGAUUGAAAAUUAGAAAAAAGCAUUUUCAUUGACGUUCUAGCUUAACUAAUUGACUCUUUCCCUUAAUAAUCCAAAAAGAAAAGGCAAAAAGAUGUACUAUAUCUUUGAAGGCUUCUUGGAGUCGUAUUUUAGAUUAAACCAUGGCUAGUUUGAUGUUGCCUAUGAUCUUGACGAAUGCCUUAUAAUAUUCAAAGACUUCAGUAAUCAGCCGAUAGGUGUUGUUUCUUUUUAAUAGGACCUUCAGCUGUAGUUAGAAUAAAUUGAGCUAGUUGACUCAAAAAAGAGUGAUUCGAUAGCCGUUCAGAAAAUAAAUAGGAUGAGUUUUAGAGAAAUAGCAAAUUAUAUUGAUCCCUUUAAUGGAACACUCCUGCAUGUUGUGUCCGGGAAAUCAGACAUUAUUGUUAAUGCUAUUAGAUAAAGACUUUCGAAUUAAUAAAAUUAGCAUGACUAUAUGCUAUUUAUCAAUAAUGAGCAAGGCCUUAGUCCACUUGAUUACUAUGUGAUAAAUGAUGAUUACCAAAAGAUUUAUUUUGCUCUUGACUUAAUGGUCCGAUUUCAAAAUAACAGCUUGUUCAACUCUAUAGUGGAUAAAAACUUGAUCUAUCUCAUCUCUAAAAAUUUUGAUCUUAAAGACUAUCUACUGUCUAAACUACCGAUUUUAAGCAUUGAGACUUCUUAGUAUCCUUUAUACUCAAAAGAUACAUCCACUUUCUACAUUUCAGAAUUUGAUUAAACAUCAAGUCUUGCAAAGAUCAACUAUUUCUAUAAAGAUGAAGUUGAAAAAUUUGUUAAGAAAAAUGAUGAAGGUACUACUUACUAACUUGAAUACUUACUUCCAAUGAUUCCUUAAUCAUUUUCUGACCCUUAAUUCAUGAAAGUGCUGAACAAGUCAAGCAAUGAAGAUUUAUUUGAAUCAGAUUUAAUUCAAAUAGUUCUGAGUUUUAAAUGGGACAAAUAUGCAUUCUGGUUUCAUCUGAAGGCAUUCUUGUAGUUUUUUAUAUUCCUUGUAGAUUUCAUUGUUGAUAUCUACUUCUUGGUUAUAUAUCAAGAAGAGAGAAGUGAAUUUUAAUAAUGGUUUGUCAAGAUUGUUGGCGCAGGUUAUAUUAUAUACCAUUUUCAGUAUGAGUUUAAGACAAUAAGGAUCUAAGGAGCAUUAAACUAUUUCUCUGAUUAUUGGAAUUAUAUUGAUAUAUUCUUGAUUCUGAUGUAUGUAGCCUCAGCUAUAGUUGAUCUAAUGCAUGUCCAUUUGGGAGUUGAAAGACUUAUAUAUUCGAUUUGUUUAGGAUUCAUUUUUGUCAAGUUCUUCUCAUAUCUCAGAAUUUUCCAAGGGUUUAGCUUCCUUGUUCAAAUGCUAAGAGCAGUGUUCGUUGAUCUUAAGUUCUUUAUUGCAUUAUAUGGGAUUGUUAUUUUCCUCUACGGAUUAAUAUUUACGCUUUUGUCGAUAACAACUGAUGAAACUGACUCCUAAUAUGACGGAAUUGGCUAAUUUGGAUAUUUCAUAAUGUCAUUCAGAGCUUCUACUGGAGAUUUUUAAGUUGAUAAUUUCCACCUUCUUGACGAAUAUCAUGUUUAAUUUGCUUGGAUUAUUUGGAUCACAUCAGUACUGUUCUUGAAUAUCAUCUUGUUGAAUUUCAUCAUUGCAGUUAUUUCCUAAUCCUACGAAAAGAUUAUGCAGAGAAUGGUAGCAUAGUCUUAUAUGGCAAAAGCUAAACUGAUUUAUGAGUGCGAGUUGCAUUACAAUCAUUAUGGAAAGAAUAAUUCUCAUUUCCCCAAGUAUUUCAUUCUUAGGAGAGUCAAAGACAACAUUAUGCAAGGGGAUGUUGAGUGGCAAGGUUUUGUCAAAGAUAUUAAAAAGACAAUGGAAAAAGUCAAAGUUUAAUUAUCUGAGAAACAAGAUACCUCCAGCUAAAAGAUGUAUAAAAAGCUUGAGGAGUUUAGAAACUAAAUUUAAGCAAAUAAUGAAGAAGCUUAUAGAGUUGUCCACGAAGAUUUGAACAGAGUUAAGACAAUGAUUAAAAAACAAGAAAAUCUUAUCAAAAAUCUUGAUAAAAAAUGGUUUGAAUCUAAAGUCGAACCCUAAAUUUAACAGAAAAAUUGA